AUGAGUGCUCGGGUUGCAGAGACCUCACUCACGGAGCUCACCAAUGUCAUCUUGCAGAGAAAACUUGCACCUCUUACUCCUCUUUGGGCUGAUGCCUGGGAGGAGCUACUUUCCAUCUCGGGUCUCACUUCACACUAUCCUCGCCUUGUAUCCUCCAUACGGUUUGGCUUCGACGUGGGAAUACUGUAG